AGUAUUUGAGAAGAAGAAAAUCCAAUUAACGGUCAACCGUCCAACGCCUCGUUUCGAUUCUGCACUCCUAGACCAGACCAGGGUUUCAUAUAAAUAUAGUAUAGUCGCCAAGAAAUGAAGAACAACAAUGGCGGCAAAUACUGAAACUGUCAAUUUUGUGAAUUAAAACCAACACAAGUAAUUUAAUGGGAGUCCACGGUCUCUGGGAACUCCUCGCCCCCGUCGGCCGCCGCGUCUCCGUAGAAACCCUUGCCGGGAAGAAGCUCGCGAUCGACGCGAGCAUAUGGAUGAUACAGUUUAUGAAGGCAAUGCGGGACGAGAAAGGGGAAAUGGUGCGGAACGCCCACAUAUUGGGGUUCUUCCGUCGAAUUUGCAAGCUUCUCUAUCUUCGAACUAAGCCGGUAUUUGUGUUCGACGGCGGCACGCCUGCUCUCAAGCGGCGCACGGUCAUUGCCCGCCGCCGCCAGCGUGAGAAUGCCCAGGUUAAGAUCAGGAAGACAGCGGAGAAGUUGCUACUCAAUCAUCUUAAGACAAUGAGGUUGCAAGAGUUGGCGGCAGAUGUUAAAAAACAGAGGCAGGAGAAUGAUAUCAAAGGGAAAAGGCCCGUUGAACUAGAACCUGGUGAUGAGCCGGGAAAGAAGAAACAUGGUGAUGAUGAUGUGGCUGCAAGUUGCUCUCAAGAAGAGUUAGACGAGAUGUUGGCAGCUUCUAUUGCUGCAGAGGAGAAUGAGGGUUUUGGUUUUGGUGCAUCAACAUCUGGUGCUCCAGAUCAUGGACUUCUUGAUGAGGACGAUGAUGAAGAUGAGGAAAUGAUACUACCCGAGAUGCAUGGUAAAGUUGAUCCUGCUGUUUUGGCUGCUUUGCCUCCAUCGAUGCAACUUGAUCUUCUUGUUCAGAUGAGAGAGAGACUCAUGGCUGAGAAUAGGCAGAAGUAUCAGAAGGUCAAAAAGGCCCCAGCAAGGUUUUCGGAGCUACAAAUAGAAGCUUAUCUCAAAACAGUUGCUUUCCGCCGUGAGAUAGAUGGGGUCCAGAAGUCUGCUGCAGGGAGGGGCAUAGGUGGUGUGCAGACAUCGCGAAUUGCAUCCGAGGCCAAUAGGGAAUUUAUUUUCUCCUCAUCGUUCACUGGGGAUAAAGAAGCCCUUACAUCCGUUGGACAAGAGAGAAAUGGAGCUGAUCAAAGUCAGCCACAACCAGUAGUGUCUUCUGCUAAUGCUGUCAAUAUAGAUCAGCGGACCAAAAAGUCUGAUGUGGCAGCUGAGACAACUGUGGCUGAAUCUGAAAAGGCAUUUCAUGAUGAAGUUGAGACAUAUUUGGAUGAGAGAGGUCGUGUCCGGGUCAGUAAGGUAAGAGCACUUGGGAUUCGUAUGACACGAGAUCUGCAAAGGAACUUAGAUUUAAUGAAAGAGAUGGAUCAGGAGAGCACGGAAAGCAAUGAGAAAGGAAAUAACGAAUCUGCCACCACUAGGAAUCCAGGUGCUCUAGAUGAUUCAUAUCACAGAAACCCACAGCUGGAAGCUACUGAUAUGAAUAAUGGAAUGAAUAGUGAAGGUGACAAUAUCGGGGAGGCUGGAGUAUUAAAUGGAGCUUCUUUUGAGAUUUCUUUUGAAGCUACCACAGAACCUGAUGGAUAUAGCGACAACGAUGAUAAUUUAUUUGCUCGUCUGGUGGCUGGUGACCCAUUAGCGGAAUUUUCUGUUGAUAAUUCCAUGAUAUCCGAACAACCUUUACAUACUGCUCCAGAUAAUGAGUGGGAGGAAGGAGUCACUAAAGGCAAGAGUGAAUAUCAGAAUGAAGACGAGGGCAUGAGUGAUGAGGGAGAAGUUGAGUGGGAGGAAGGAGAUGAAAGCCAGAAACAUUGUUCAGAGGGAGCUCUGGAAGAAGCAUCUGCUCUUCAGGAGGUAAAUAGAAGAAGAGAAGAGGACACAAAAGGUGAUAGAUCCAUGAAUGACUUCCGUGAUGAUCAUGCAGAAGGCAAGAGUACAGAGUGUCUGAAUGUAGGGGACACAAGUGAUGAGGGAGAAGUCGAAUGGGAUGAAGGGUUUGAAGACAUUCAAUUGAAAUCUUUGUCUUGUCCAGGUGCAAGCAAUAUAACUGUUACAAAGGGUGCUGUGGAAGAAGAAGCUGCUUUGCAGGAGGCAAUUAGAAGAAGUUUAGAGGAUAUAUCGGGUUGCAGACCAAUGAUGGAUUUUCAGGAACGCCAUUCAUCAGAAAAAGCUAGAGAAAUGGCUUGUGAGACCGCUGAUUGCAUAUUUACCAAUAAAGGGAAAGAGGGGCCUGGGGUUUCCACGUCAGCAGACGAUGUACACCAACCAUUUGGCUCAAUGAAUGACCUUGAUAACAUUAAUUCAGAAACAAAAACUUCUUCAUUCAUAGCAUUGAGUCCUGAAAAAAUCAACUUAGACUCGAAGCUUUUGAAUCAAGAUGCUGGUGGAAGUGGAUCUUUGGCUGGAGAGUUAGUUUUGGGUACAGACGCUAAAGAACAACCAUUAGACACUUAUAGUCAAGAUAAUGAUGGGUUUGUGAUGAAGAAGCUUGUGGAUUCUUGUAGUGAAAAGGUUGCACAUAAUAUGAGUACCUCUGUGUCCACUGGUUCAUCACAUGACAGAUUGCAUAAUUCUGGUUCUGCUGAUGCAAAAACAAUGUCUCAGGCAGAGUUAGAUGUUCAUUUGUGCAGUACUGAUAAUCCAGGAAAACCUUCUGCAGAUGAUUCAGCAAUUGGUGUAGAUGACUUAGCCAAGGAUGAAAUAGAUGGUACUUUUUCAAUGGAAAAAGAAGUUACGAGGAAUGAUUAUCAGGAUUCCAAGAUCUUGGAGGAUCGUUUGGAAGGAGAAAUUGCAUUUCUUGAUAAAGAACGUGAAGAACUAGGAAGUGAGCAGCGGAGGCUUGAGAGAGAUGCAGGAUCAGUGAACAAUGAGAUGUUUACUGAAUGCCAGGAGUUGCUUCAAAUGUUUGGCUUACCAUACAUUAUUGCACCAAUGGAAGCUGAAGCUCAAUGUGCUUUCAUGGAGCUGUCCAAUCUUGUUGAUGGCGUGGUAACUGAUGACUCUGAUGCAUUUUUAUUUGGGGCUCAAUGUGUGUACAAAAACAUCUUUGAUGAUCGCAAAUAUGUGGAAACAUAUUUAAUGAAGGAUAUAGAGAAUGAGCUUGGUAUGGAUCGAGAAAAGCUAAUCCAUAUGGCAUUGCUUCUUGGAAGUGAUUACACUGAAGGCAUUAGUGGUGUUGGCAUUGUUAAUGCCAUUGAGGUUGUUACUGCAUUUCAUGGAAAAGACGGUCUUCGUGAAUUUCGAGAGUGGAUUGAAUCACCAGAUCCUAGUAUCCUUGGAAAAUUAGAUUCAGAAGCAGGGGGUAACUCAAGAAAGGAAGGAUCAAAAGGCACUGAUGAUGCUGAAAGGAAAAAACAGAUUUUCAAGGAUAAGCAUAGAAACGUGAGCAAAAAUUGGCAUGUCAGCACUUCUUUUCCAAGUGAUGCUGUGAUUUCGGCUUACGUUUCUCCUCAAGUGGAUAAAUCAACCGAACCAUUUGCGUGGGGAAAACCAGAUCUAUUUGUUCUUCGCAAAUUGUGUCGGGAGAAAUUUGGAUGGGGUGCAUCUAAAGCUGAUGAGUUGCUGCUACCAGUGCUGAAGGAGUACAACAAGCAUGAGACGCAACUGAGAUUGGAAGCGUUUUACACAUUCAAUGAAAGAUUUGCCAAAAUUCGGAGUAAGAGAAUAGAGAAGGCGGUCAAAGGAAUAACGGGGUCUAAAUCUUCUGCUGUGACGGGUGAGACGCCUCAAAAAUCAUCAUCCAGGAAGGGCAAGAAAAGGAAAGUGUCACCCCGUGAAGAUGAAGGAAAUCCAUUAGAAGUUGAUUCAGAAGGAGGCGAUGGUGCUGCUACCACAACGAAACCAACCACUGAGCCGCUGAAAAAAGGACAGACGAGGAGAAAGAAUUCUCGGAGAGUGUUGGAAGAAUCUAUUGGUGUAGAUGAACAUGAUAACUCCAGAAGUGAAUCACGUGGCCGGGGAAGACAACGUGGACGUGGCAGAGGACACCGAAGUGGGAGGGGGAGGAAGAAAGCUGAUACAGGAACCAGUUAUGACGAUGCCAGCAGUAGUGAAAAUGAUGAAGAAAUGCAAUUCCACACAUAUGAAGAAGCUCCUCAAUUACGAAGGUCGGGGCGAUCUCGAAAGACCGUGAGCUACAAUGCUUCUGACGAGUUUGACAACCCCGACAAGGAGGAUGCACCUUUCAUGGAAGAAGAAGGUAUAAUGUUGAAGGAGGAUCAAGAAAUUGGUGAUGUCGACAAGAUCAUCCAUGAUCAUCGUCUAAACGAAGGCAGUGACAUUGCUUUGGGGGAGACAGAACUGACACACGGGAUGGAUGAGAUUGAUGAUCAAACGGGAGACCCUUCCAGCCAUGGCCAAGAAUCAAAGGACUAUCUUCAGUUUGGAGGCGGAUUCUGCAUGGAUGAAGACGAAGAUGACUCAAACGGCCACGCAUCAAGCCCCACGAGAGAAACAAUGCUCGAGAACUCUUACACCCUCACUGAUGCCGAUCCCAUGCUAGAAGGAAAACGCGAAAGCAAUCUGCCGGCUGCUACACCGAGAUCACCCUUGGAUGAGGUCACAGGUACGCCUGAUAAUGCGCUAGACAUGAACGAUGACACAUCAAGAAGUGACACCGAGGGUGAUCCUGAGAGAUGCAACGCGGUAUCCCUUCGUGCAAUGCCUUUCUUGAGAAAGAAAAGGCGAAAAAACUAAGGCUGUGUGUUCCUCUGUGCUCUUCUUUUGCAAAACUGGAAGCAGGGUGUAAUUAGAUAGGAUGCAAACAAGCUCUCAUCUCGAGGGUUCCUACUGUCUUAGCUAUGUUUGAAUCCAUAGACUUCAAUGGUUACGGAUUGGGUUUAACUUAUUCUUUCUCUAUUUUUCUUCACUAUGGGGUUUAUGAUUCUGUAAGGGCGUUCACUUUUUAAAAUUAGUAACGUUCACUUUUAAUGAUUAGUUUA